UUGAUAAUCACGAGCUCAAGCGAGGUGCGUUUGCAUUGACGGGGAGCGUUCAGGCUACGCACACUGAACACUAAAGUUUGGUUUAGCUUUAACUUUGAUCGUCUCCAUUCACUGGCUGGUCAAUCAUGCUCAUCGAGGAGGAAAAAGGAGCAGUGAAAUAAAAGAAGCGGCCCGGAUGUGACUCUAAUAAUUAUAUUCUUCUGAUUAUGAUUAACUAAGCGGGAGUGCGCUCCUCCGGGCUGUGGUGGAUAUAUGGUUGAACCUUAAACAUAAUUUUGCUUCAGGUGAACUAAUAACUCAAAGUGUAGUGAUGGAGAGCCACAUGUUGGUGAUAUGGAUGCUGCUGUGUCUGCUUCUACGGAGGUCUUCUACACAGAACCCCGCACCUGAAGGAGUGUUGAACUGCUGCGAAGGUGAUGUCCUCUUCUUACUGGAUUCUUCUGGAAGUGUGUCCUCCUAUGAGCACUCCCGCAUGCUCACCUUUCUCUCAGAGCUCCUCCUCCCUUUCUCUCUGGGGGAGGACCAGGUGAGGGUGGGACUUCUGCAGGUGGGCUCUAAACCUGGCCUAGAGUUUGGCUUUGACACUCAUACCAGCCAAACGGGCCUCCAGAACGCUUUAAGGAACACCAAACCCCUGAGGGGGGACACCAACACAGUGGAGGCACUGAGAAUGGCAAAGGAGCAGGUGCUGAGACCUGGAGUGGCAGAUGGGGCCAGGGCGGGGCUCCCGAGGGUGCUGGUGUGGUUGACAGAUGGGGUGAAACCGGGUGAUGUGAUUGGACCAAUGGCAGAGCUGAGGGAGGAGGGUGUGGCUGUGUUAGUGGUCUCCACCGGGCAUGGUAACUAUCUGGUGUUGAGGGAAGUGGUGUCCCCGCCUGUUGAAGACCAUCUGUACUUUGUGGACAUUGAUGAUAUGAGCAUCAUCACAGAGGACCUGAGGAACGCCAUCAUUGAGAUUAUCAGAGCUGAGCGAAUCCACGUCCGCGAUGUCUCCACUGACACCGCCACUCUCCAGUGGCGACCCGUUCUGACUGGUUUGACGGGAUACUAUGAGAUCCGCUUUGGUCCAGCUCCUACAGGUGGAACAGGAAGUGGUGGAACAGCUGGAACUGGGACCAGUCCGAGCACUGGUGGUGGCCAGUACCAGAGAUUAACCCAGUCUGCCGAUUCCAACACUGCAAGGCUAACAGGCCUGAAGCCUGACACCACCUAUACUGCCACUCUGACGCCGGAGUCGAAUGAACAAGCAUUUAACACGCUGUCUGUCAGUUUUACAACAAAGUCAGAGGUGGUGAGCCCAGCUACAGUGACAAUCUCUGACUCAAGUCCAACCAGUGUUCGGGUGAGCUGGGGUCCACUUCAGCCCGACAAGGUCGCAAGCUACAACAUCGAGUACUCUGUUCUCCCAGGGGGCAAGCCCAAUACUGUCACAGCGAGCCGAAUGCAAAACUCCACGCUUCUCAGAAACCUUCAACCAGAUACGACUUACCUGGUCACCAUUACUGCACGGCACGCUUCGGGCCAGUCGAAGGUCAUGUCUGUCAAAGUGUGUACUGAGGAAGUGAUCCCCGCCCUGGCAGACCUGCAGCUGACCACAGUUGGGAGUGAUUCGGUGCAGGUUGACUGGAAGGGCAGUGUAAACGGUCUGAGAGGCUACUGGCUCACCUGGGAGGGACAGGAGAACUCAAUAGCUGGCCAGCGCUCCUCCCUCUAUUUGCCACCUGACUCCCUAUCAACACGCCUGUCACACAUCCCCCCAUUGGCUAGAGUGUGUGUGUCACCUAUUUACCGGACAGCGCAGGGCGAGGGACUGUGUUGCACGGCACAGUUUCAUUCAGAUGCACUAGCAUAUGGCUACCAAUCAUAGCACCCCUGAACUGAAAGCACACCUUACCAAACAUGGAGGGAUGAUGGCUAGAAGAAUGCUGACUUUGAUCCAUAAUUCUUAUCCCUGCCCCUCCCCUCUGUGGACAUCCUCCAGGAGAGCUGUGUGGUUUGGCUCACUGUGCUCUCAUGUGGAAGCCAUAGACACUUAAUAGUAGUCCGGGGACAGUAUGACCACAUGUGGACCGCUGCAACCUGCAACACAGAGGACUUUUUGCUUUCUCAUUUCUGUGUGUCAUCUGGUUAACACCUGCAGUAAAUGUAUAUCGCUUCAGUUAAAAGACGCAAACUUUAAAUAUUUCUGAGUUGGUUACAGAGCAGGGCAUGCUGGGAAUGUUUAAUGUUUUAUGUGGCUUGUUUUGGAGAAAGGCUUUGCUCCAUAUGUGGGCCCGAAGCCCGACUGCAUUUUUUCAACUCCUGCUAACACUUACAGAACAUCUGAUUUACAUUUAUAAUGGUUACUUAUGACUUGUACUUAAAUUUCUUCUUUUCAGCACAUAUGUGACACUAGCAACUGGAGUGCCACUUUAGAACGAUUGCAUCUCUAAUAACAGGAUUUUCACCGUGGCUUUGAACUUCCCAGAAAUGACAAACAGACUUGCCCUGAAACUGCGGAGAUGCUGCACGUGAUACAAAUGAGUUCAACUGAGAGGAGUCUUAUAUUGGUCUCUGCAUAGAUCUAUCACCCAUAUUUAUUAAUCAGUAAUCAUGUAAGUGUGAGAAGUUAUAGCAUACAGUAUUUACAGACCCGCUGUUUACAUUUUAAGACUGUUACCUCUUUGCUGCCCCCUACUGAAAAGGUCUUUAUCCUUCACUGUUGUCUUCCAGAAGCUAAUUUACUGUUUUAUGAUUGUUCACCUCUUUUGAAAUUGAAUAUGAACUUCCAAUAAAGUCCUUUAAUAACUUUGUUA